CAAAUCGAUCCAUAAUCAAAAUUUCCAAUUAAAUCAAUCCAUAUAACCAUCUCAGUCGAAAAUGACUAAUCUAAUUUCGUACAUUACCGUACACUAAUGCAGUCGUAUAAGGAAAUUUAUCUUGUGAAUAAUUACUAUUAUUUCAUGAAACCAAUCAAAUUUUAUCACAUAACAAAUUACCCGGUCAUCUAGGUACAAGUUGACACAAUUGUAGAUUAAUAAAAUCAAGAAAUUUCCAAAUAAACUAAUCAUUACGUUACUAUCGUAAAUCUUAUAAAUUCCCAUCUCAUGCACCUUCUUCUACACUAUUCCUUCAUCCUUAAAACACUAACCUUCUCUGAAAAAAAAAACCAAAAAUGGUUUAUAACACUUCAUGCCUUAUUCUUCCUUUGGCUCUCAUCUUUCUUGAUUUCAUCUUAAUCUCAUCAUUAGCCCAUCCGAUUCCAAGCACACUCAACGUCUUAUCCUAUGGAGCUAAACCAGACGGCUCAAAAGACUCAACCAAAGCCUUCUUAGCCGCAUGGGACGUCGCUUGUGCCUCGGCUAACCCUACAAUGAUAAUCGUACCAAAAGGACGGUUCUUGGUCGGGAACCUUGUUUUCCAAGGCAACGAGUGUAAGCAAGCGCCAAUAUCUAUUCGUAUAGCAGGCUCAAUUGUUGCUCCGGGAGAUUUUAGAAUUAUCGCAGGCUCAGAACAUUGGAUCUCGUUCGAGGAUGUUACUGAUGUUUCAAUCUACGGUGGAAUACUUGACGCUCAAGGCACUAGUUUAUGGAAAUGCAAGAACAACGGUGGCCAUAAUUGUCCUACUGGUGCCAAGAGUUUGAUGUUUAGUGGGUCAAAUAACAUCAAAAUCAAUGGUUUAACGUCGAUAAACAGCCAGAGAUUCCAUAUAGUCAUCGAUAAAAGCAAUAACGUGAACAUUGACGGCGUUAAGGUUUCUGCUGAUGCGAAUAGCCCUAACACCGAUGGGAUUCACGUCGAAUCAUCUCACUCCGUCCACAUCACUAACUCUAGAAUCGGAACCGGUGAUGAUUGCAUCUCCAUCGGUCCAGGAUCUACUGAUGUUUUCAUACAAACAAUUCAAUGUGGUCCAGGCCACGGCAUCAGUAUUGGAAGUCUUGGACGAGCAGAGGAAGAACAAGGAGUGGAUAACGUGACCGUGAGUAACGUGGAUUUCAUGGGAACGGAUAACGGAGUUAGGAUCAAAACAUGGGGAAAAGAUAGCAACAGUUUCGCUAGAAACAUCGUUUUCCAACAUAUUAAUAUGAAGAUGGUCAAGAACCCGAUCAUUAUAGACCAACACUACUGUCUUGACAAACCUUGCCCUAAACAGGAAUCUGGAGUUAAAGUAUCAAAUGUGAGAUAUGAAGAUAUACACGGGACUUCGAAUACGGAAGUGGCGGUUUUGUUAGAUUGUAGUAAGGAUAAACCAUGUACCGGUAUUGUAAUGGACGAUGUGAAUCUUGUCUCUGUUAAUCGACCGGCUCAGGCGUCUUGCGAUAAUGCAAAUGGAUUAGCGAACGACGUCGUCCCAUUCACUCCUUGUCUAAAGAGCGAGAUAAUUAUGACUUAAAUAUAGAUGGAUCUCAAAAAACGACGCCGUCCCGAUUGCUCCAUGACUCUAAAAGAUGAGUUCAUGUAGUAGAUCUGCGAACGACGUCGUCCUGUUUGCUACUUGUUGUAAUACUAUCUUUGAGAAUCUUUGCAAUCAAAACUUUCAAGUAAUGAUUAAAUUUUGGUUCACAUACUAUAUAUAGAUUUUGUUUUUUAUAGUAACUAGAUAU